UGAAUUUACGUCAGGUCUAAAAGAACUAGAAGAAGGCGAGGGUGAUAUUCGUGGGAUUGCUGGGAUUGAUAACGGGAAGGUUGUUUCGAUUGCUUGGUGGUCAAUAGAUUCCAUAAUACUAGGCUAUCAACAUGGUUCAGUCAUCAUAUUUAGUUAUCUCAAAGCAAAAAACAUUCUUAGUGAUACUCCCGAGAUAUUCAAGUCUUGCAGAGAGAUAACAAGUCGCAUCGAGAACCGCGUUUUGCUGAUUGAACAUGAGAUAAAAGCCAUUCGAGCCCGCGUGCAUGGAGAAAAUAUUGUAUCUUACUCAAGAGCCCAAGAGGAAGAUGAUUUAGUCGAUGGAAAUGACACAGAAUCACUUUUACAACGGAUAGCAUCGGCAAUUGGCAAUUCUUUACAUUAUGUGACCGAUACAUUUUUGUGGAAUUUCGAAAGUGAUUCCUCAUCUAUUCGGGGUAAAUUUAUAACAAUACCAAAGCGAACAUUUAGGCUAAAUCGUAUCACUAAAAUUCUACCACAAGAGCUGUUAUAUCGCAAAAUUAAUACACUUGAAUACGAUACGGCGUUAGCUAUUGCCGAGACAUACAAUCUUGAUACAGAUAUAAUUUAUCAAGCGCGUUGGCGAGAUACGGAAAUAUCGGAAGAAUCUAUUCACGAGUGUCUCGACAAAAUACAUAACCGUGAAUGGGUAAUCACGAAUUGUCUCGAUAGAAUACCAAAUGCUCCCUUACCGGCAUGUGCGGAAAUGAUUCGGUUAUUGUUGGCAUACGGAUUGAAACAAACAGACAUUUUAGAUGAUAUUCUUGCAAAUGUAUCCUAUAAAGACUUGGCAUUAAAACUCAGGAAAGACCCUCUUGAAUGCGACCCAACUUUAGAAGAAACUCUCAGAAAUCUACCAUUAUCUGAAGACCAGAGAAAUAUGUGCCGAUAUAGGCAUUAUUUUCUGCACUACUUGGAUAGAUUACGUACAUUUGAAGAUAUCACAAGUGCCAAAUCAAGACGCGAUAUGGCUCUCGGACUUAUGUAUAGUUCUUUCGAUAUGGGCGGAUGGACACCUUUCGUAGACUAUUCAUCGACUUUUGCAGAGGACUAUGCAAUAUUCCGUGACAUUGAUAUCGCAGCACAGGCCAUGGACUAUGCCGCAGAUGAAUUUUUUGAAGGAUUGUUAAUCCUGUUCACACGUCAUGGAUCCGAGACUUUACCAUACAGAUAUACAAUUUUGGAACAGAUACCUGAAACUGCUGAUCCGAGUGCAUAUGAAGUCUUCCUAUCGAGGGUUAGCUCCGUAAAUGGUGAAGAAGCAGAAGAAUGUUUAUGGAAUGAACAACCAUGGCGAGAACCUGACUGGGUCGAGAAUCCGAUAUUGAAACAACAAUUCGUAGUUGAAGAACCUGCCGAAAGAGAAUUUGAUGGCAUCUGGUUAAAGCCUGUUUCUUAUCCGGCUAAAUCCUCGUUUAUAACACAAUGGUAUUACAAAAGAGCACAUGCGAUAGACGCCAUGUCUGGCCAGGUUGAUAAAGCAUUGCAAUUGGUGCGAUAUGGCAUACGCAAGAACGUUCAAGGCUUGGAGACUCUCGAAGAAAAUCUUGAUAUGUUGUACAAGCUAGUAUACGAGUGUUGUCCCUCACUCGAGUCAGUAAGUACAGGCACAACACUUUGCGAAUUCGAAGCGUUAUCAGAAGCGGGAAUAGUGGAAAUAUUUCUCCGACAUACCGAUGAAAAUCGUGUCGUAAAUGAUGUACAAAAGUUUAUUCUACCAUACCUUGAUUUAUUACCGGCACGUCGUGCUCGUAUGAGCAGUCAAUCUAGCAGUGUUGUAUGCGAUCACGCUCUUCCUGCUUCCGAAUGUGAGCCGAUGGAGAUUUUGUACAAGUAUAUACUUAAAUCAUCGACCGAGCAGUUAGGAGUAUGUUGCUGCCUCUUCGAAGCGUCAGCAGUCACUCUUGCAGAAGAUCAGAGAAUAAUUUCUUCGAGUAUAGAUUUGGCCAGAUUAAUAUUGUCAUGCGCAUAUGGGAAUGAGCGCACUGACCAGUGGGACAUUAUUACUCGAAUGACUAAUUCUUUGCCUACAUUCGAUACGUCAGAAGAUAUGGACUUGAGCGUCGAAGAUAAGAAAGACUUGGGUCGUCUUGACACAGAAAGUCUUUUUUCCAACUUGAAGACUAAGAAUGUGUAUGAGAUACAAGUUUUGAUUAAUGAUCUUUACAUUCAUCUGGAUGUUGCCAAGACCCUUGCCCGCUAUCAUAUACCCGUUCCGUUGAAGUGGUUCUUUUGUAGCUUGGAAGAUAGGGAUCUUCAGAAGAAGUUGUGUAUUCAGUUGGCUCGAGUAUCCAACAAUGAUGGAUUGGGAUAUGGAGAAAGAUUUUCUACCAUUAAUGGUUGGACAACAUUGCUAGAUGAUAUGUUAAACAUACAGAAAAGCGUUUUAAAUAAAAUUCCUUCCAAGGAAGUAGUGCAAGAUUUUAUAUCCGGGUUACUUUAUGCGGGCAGAUUUGACUAUGCACGUAAAAUAUUAUUACCAGAGAAUCAGGAAACAAUAUUUGAUCUUGGUCUCAUUGAAAAAAUCGUUAUAGAAUCAUCGAGAGAACUAUUUGACAAGGCAGCGUCGGGCAGUAGGAGGUCUGGUUAUAUGAAAAUGGCUUAUGAAUGUUUACAAAUCGUUCCGAUAUCACCGGCAACACAAGCCGAAAUGGACUUUAUCGAAGCCACAGAACAAUUAUUGGAACGCAAAUUAAGUCAUAAACUUGACAUGUCGCUUCGUCCAAUUCAUAUACGCCAUGAAAAAGAUCGAUUGAGUUUGAUCGAACGAUUCCUGCGAGCAGAUGAGAAGGGCUAUCUGGAUUUGGAAAACGCCCUCGAAUUAGCUCGUAAAUUAGGAUUCAGGGGGGACAGAGUUGCAGAACUCAAGGUGCAUGUAAUGGUUGCUAAAGCCGCAUUACGUAAUGCAAAUUACAAAUAUGCAUUUGACGUCUGUAUGAUAAUCAUAAAUGAGACGAAAGCGUUUGAGAAUUCAAUCGAAGGUCGGAAAAAUCCAACACUGCUCAGAACAAUGAAAGAUGUUACAUGGCGUGCGUGUUUGGAUGUUGGCAGGAAGAAAGAAAUGCCUGAUCUCGAGAACAGAAAGACACUUUUAGCGUAUGCUCUUGUAAAUUGUACGAAAGAGAACAUGCUUGAUAUCCUGAAUGAUUGGCGUUUGGUAGAAUCAGAGCAUAAGGAAAUGAUGCGGCGGAAGGCUGCCGAACCUAAACAGGAAUCCACGCAAAAGGUUAAGUUAGUGGCAAAUGUACAGCCUGCAGGAGAGCCUGUUAGCCGAUUUGUGCAGGCCAUAAGUAGUUGGUUGUCAUAA